UGGGUCUCAUUUACCGACUCCUUAUCUGCAGCUGCACUUGACGAGAAACCAACAUUCUCUCGGAGAUGAAAGGAUAGUUGGUUCUGAAGAUAUCUCUGCAGUCUCACACAACAUCGUCUUUGUCAAUUCUGCGCAUAUCUUCAGUAAUUCUGUGUGUUCAGCACCUGAAGUUGAGAGUUUGUUGAUGGUGUUGAAUGACGUGAUUUGUGGUGCAUGCAGUGGCAACGAAUCGUGGGAUUGAAACGAAUGGGUCUUUGGGAUAUGAAGGAAAACAACCCUAGCUUAUUGAGGAGGCAUCCGGAUAGUGGUGGACAUGGACCACCAUGGUGUCCUUCAUAUCUCCUCCGCUCUUUUCAUUUCCCGCAACACCGUAUCUUCAUCUUCACCACGACCAUUCGGAAGCUGCAUGAGGUGAAUCAGGUGGUUCGCAUUGACGCGGUCGUUUGUUAGGAAAUUUAUUCAAAUCAUCAGCACGCGAUGUCUCCGUAAUUCCAGAAAUGUCCGCGAUGGACAGGACACUCCACAUCUAGAGGCGAACGUAAUGUCCAAACUUAUAGUUAAUUACUUGGACCCACCUCUGAGCGGCAGUUACCAUGUUAUUCCUGCCACGAGCCUUUUACAACUGAUAAACAGGAUUAUUCGUGGAAGGCUUUUGAAUGCUCAUUUGAAGGAGAUCAAAGAAAUGAAAUUUUGAUAUAUUCUGUUGGAAGGCUCAAGAAUAUCUGUGAAAGAUACAGAUCACAAGAGUUGAGGGGAUCAACAAGGUGAAAAAACAAGAUAGCGGUUGAAACUAUGAAAAGAUGGAAGCCACUUUUAAAGAAGGAGGCUUCCAACCCAGCAGAACAAGUUAAGUUUGCAAAGCAGGGUCUUAAAUGGGCACGCUCUCAGAAGGAUGUCCAGAACUAUCUCGAUAGGAUACGGCAAGAUGAAAUACAGAAAAGUUCACAGCAAACAAGAAAGGUCACCAAAAGAGAGCCAGUGCAGGUCGUCCCGUUAAAAAAUGGUUCCUCAGCUGUAGAAAGGAUGAAGAAAUCUGAGGUUCAGGCUCUAAGCAUGAUGCGUCAACAAUCCUCCUUGAUUCCCGGGAAUAUUGGAAUCGUGGUGCCAUUGCAACAGACGAUGAGCAACAUACUUAUGCCGUUGCCUGUUACAUGUGAUGAAUACCAAGUGUUCAGUCGGUCCACUUCGGGGGCUGAGGCUCAGAUCACAGAUAUGACCCAGAAAUCGCAUUUGAACACUACACACGCUCAGCAGCAGGGGCUUUCUGCUCUAGCAACUGAGCUUUUGUCGAAGACGAGCAAAGCAGACUUCAGCAAGGAAAAUGAAAUAGGUGGUAGUGUUAACAACAAUGUGCAGUCCGCAUAUGAAGUAAGGUUAAAAAAAUGCUUGAAGGGUGAUAUUAUGCAAACCAUCAUUGCAGAAGGUGAAGCCGCCAACUUAAGUUAUCAGAGAGAAGACCAUGCUCGAUCUGUAACCGCUGAAGUGAGUGAAUCCACCAAGCCGAGGUUCAAGGAAUCAAAGUUAAAAAUCCCCCAGAAACCUGUGAGUAAGGAUCAGUUACAAUAUGGAGAUUCACGAGACUAUCUGCUUCAACUUGAACAAGAAAAGCAGCAGGAUCGCCGAUACUCCCAUAGAAUAGCAAUAAGGAAGAAGCAAGUGAGAUAUUUUAGGAGUUUGGAAGGUGUUGGAGAGGUAGACGAUAUCAGAACCACGCCACCAUGUUCUAAAGCUGAUCCACAAUCGAUCGCCAACUUCCCGAUCAUUGAGAAUGUUGAGGAGAGUGCUCGAAGAUACCCUGAUUUUAUUUACAAACCGAGCGCGGCGCGGAAAAAUGUUGACUCGGACUCCGUGUCCUCGUGCAGCCCUGGGCACUGUGAAACUGAGUUCAGGCCUCUCAGCUGUGAAACUGGGAAAAGUACAGACGGAAUGGUCUUAGAUCUCUCUUCGGCAAGCGUAAGGAGGGAAACAUUGAGGAAGGAAUUAGCUGAGCGGAUUCGGAAGGAAGCUUUACGCAAGAAGUCGCUCCUUUCGCAGAGCCGUGCUGCUUCCAGACAGUCACAAUGUCAAUGCCAUUAAGAAAUGUUCGUGGAGCUAGAACUGUACAAAUAAAAACCUCGAAUCGCGAAGCAUGGGUAAUACUCGCAGCCAGGACGUCAAACCUAGAUUUCUGUAGCAAAAAAAUCAUUUAUUUCUGUCCCGCAGCUCUCUAUGUUCCAAGCAGGGGCGAAAUAGACAGCUCUAGAGUCAGCGUAUAAAAGCUGGAUCAGCUGUCAGUGCUGUGUUAUUGUUGUUUUAGGGUGAUUGAUUCCAAGGGUUCAUACGUAGGCAUAUCUUCUGGAAGAUUGAUGUAAUGAGACUGCAUUAGUGUCACCCGUGAGAAUUGACCCAUCUGAUGAGUUCAGAUAGCUCCACAUUGUUAACCAGUA